AUGAAAGCCACCACGUGUUCCGGCAGCACCGACGCCACCCUGCCCAACUUUGCAACCGCCAUUGCUGUAUGGGACCCCAAUCUUUGUGCUGGAGGAUGCAAUCAGGGUAGUAGUUCUGAUCCCGAAUGCUCUAACGUGAACGCUGCUAGCGUGACAUGGGAUUCAACGGUGGGUGGCGUGUACUCUCUCCUUGUCUUUGGUCGACAAGCGGGUGUCAUGGGAGAUUUCGAAAUUACCAUCACCGACUUUCCCAACCCAAGCAACGAUUUUUGCGACCAGGCUUUGCCAUUACCUAUUGAUCCCAAUACCGUCACUGUGACAACCACUGUCAAUGCAACAACUAGAACUACGUCCGGUUGUGGUGUUGUGAAACAGGCUGCCGAAGUAUUCUUCCAAGUUACGGGGAACGGACGCAAGAUGACUGCUACCACCUGCCAUAACGAGACCACCUACCCCACCGCUUUGUCUCUAUGGAAUCCGAAUCUAUGUGCUGGGGGUUGCAAUCAAGGCAGCACUGUCGAUGCAGCAUGUGAUUCUAUCAAUGGAGCAAGAGUGACCUGGGAUUCUACAGAUGGGGGAGUCUAUACCUUGAUCGCGUACGGAAGACAGGCAGGAUCAGAGGGCAUGAUUGGCAUCUCUGUAGAUGAUUUUAUCAAUCCUCCCAACGAUUAUUGUGAUCAAGCAAUCCCCUUGUUGCCUGGUGGAGCGGAAGUUACUGGGACAACCAUCAAUGCCACUGUCCACACUUCUUCAGGUUGUGGUGUGACCAAGGCGUCACCAGAAGUGUUCUAUGCCGUAACUGGGAAUGGUGAAUCAAUGAGUGUUACUACCUGCUCCAGUCAGACUGACUUUGAAACUGGAUUGGCCAUCUGGGAUCCAAAUAUAUGCGCAGGGGCUUGCAAUUCUGGCAGUGUCUCUGGCUGCGGCAACAUCUUCGAUACGAAGGGUGCAUCGAUUACCUGGGACACAACGGCAGGCGCACAGUAUACUAUCGUGGUCUUUGGAAGACAAGAAGGAACCACCGGCAACUUUGCUAUCCGUGUCUUUGAUCCUAAUUCCACUCCUGCUCCGUCAACGGGACUUCCAACAACCACUUCUCCUACUUUGACUCCAUCCCUCACUCCGUCCACCAAGCCAUCGUCUAAUCCUUCCAGAUCUCCGUCGAAAUCUCCUACAUCCACUCCCACAACAGCUACUCCCACAACAUCUACUCCCACAACAGCUACUCCCACAACAUCUACUCCCACAACAUCUACUCCAACCAUCGCCCCGUCUGCUUGUUCUUCGGGGGAGCAACAUGGAACGCCUCCCAUGGCAAGGACGUCUUUGUUUAAUUCCAUUGUCAUCAUGGCAGUCACAGCAGCGGCAAUGAAUCUUACGGUGUAG